AGUCACGCCCCACCUUUCCCGAGCACGCCGUCUUGACGCGUACUCGUCUGGUUUGUGUUUAUGGUGUUGGGUCAGGUGGAGGUUGGGUGCCCCCUGGCUUUUCCGCCUCCUUUUGGAGGAGUCGGUCCUCGAACCCAGCUCUCACGUUUCCGUCCCCCUGGCUGGCCCCCGACCGUCGGGAUUCUCUGGUUUCCCAGUCGCCGGGUCUGGGCUCAGGACCUGUGUCGUCAUGCUUGUGGUAGCAGCUUAGCACCUUCUCUGCCCUGAGUGUCCUAGGAGGUUCGGCUUCUCCAAAGACAGACAAAAGCAUCUCUUGAGGUUGCACUGCUAGAAAAGCAUCCUUGCUCCAAGUUUAUAAUUGCAGUAGGAAAUAAUGCAGCAGCGUUUUUGUCAUCAUUUGUUAUGAAUUCAGGCGUCUGGGAAGAAGUUGGUUGUGCUAAGCUCUGGAAUGAAUGGUGUAGAACUACAGACACUGUCCAUCUGUCCCCUGCAGAUGCUUUCUGUGUGUUUUAUCAGCUGAAAUCAGAUCCCUCGGUCUUUCUCUGUCAGUGUAGUUGCUACAUUGCUGAGGACCAGCAGUUCCAGUGGCUGGAGAAGGUUUUUGGCUCCCGACCCAGGAAGAAGAUGCAAGUAACGGUUCUCACGUGCCGCCAUGUCACAGAGUAUAAGACCUCUGCGUCUACCAGCAGCCUUCCUUCUCCGUUCCUCAGAGCCCUAAAAACCCAGAAGUUCAGAGAUCCUGUGUGCUGCCCGCUGCUGGAGCAGCCGAACAUCGUGCGUGACCUGCCUGCAGCAGUUCUGAGCUACUGUCAAGUGUGGAAAAUCCCGGCGGUCCUGUAUCUGUGCUACACUGAUGUGAUGAAGUUGGACCUGGUCACGGUUGAAGCCUUUAAGCCUGUGCUUUCUUCCUGUAUGUUGGAAUGCUUGGUGAAGAACAUUCCUGAAAGCCGAGAAAUACUGAAGAAAUUGAUGACCACAAAUGAGAUUCAAAGCAACAUUUACACGUGACCCCAACGGUGGGGAGCCAUGGCCACGACCUCCUGUUUCAAGGGGCAGUCACUGUUUGUACUUUAUUCUGGGUUGUGGAUAUUGUGAGGGUGAUAAACACAAUAAAAAUGUAAAAAUUAA